AAGACUCUAAAUAGUUUUCCAAAUCAGAUAAAAAAAUUAAGAAAAGGGCCAUUUUCUUCAUACAUUUUGAUUUGUGUAUGAAAAAUGUUCCAAAUAAAAUAAAGAGAUUUAUGACAUAUUCACAUUCAAUUGUGGAAUCAGUGUAGAAAAAUAAUAUGUCAAACUUAGAUUUCAAUGGUUGUAUGCAAAAUGAGGACAAGAUAUAGUUUUACAUCAGUCCAGAACACUUCACUAUAUAACAAUGACAGAAUAAGUGUUCAAUUAGAGUCUACGUAAUUACGUUACGCAGUUUUACGUUAUUAUGUAUUGACGGCAUCACGCAAUGACAUCACAACGUCUAUUAGCAACAAAUCAACUUCCUCUGGAGAUUAGUUGGCAACACUGAGCGGAAUGCGGCGAAAGCACCUACCGAUGCCGACGACUCGAAUGUGCUGCUCUGAUGCCGACGACUCGAAUGUGCUGCUCUGAAAUGCAGGACAGUUGCCAGGGAAGUCCAGAAGACUGACACGUCUGCAUUACUUGUGACAUGACUUCCUGACUUCAAGGCAUCUGAACAGAAUCUCCACUUGGAGUUCCAUUCUGGAAUAGGAAUGUGUGCUGCAUUCAGACCACGAGACUGAUGCGCUUUGUGAAAAUCCAGGGUUUGAGUGCUGUGGUCAGUGGAAUUUCAGCGUUGGACUCCAACAUACUGUUGACUGUCCUGAAACAAGAUGGCUGUUCUGGGCUGCUUUUAAACCUCUACAGGAUCAGUGUCCUGAAAUCUGGAACGCUGCUGCUCAGUAUGUGACUAGAAAGGCAUUCUGAACAACAGCCAACUUUCCGGGACAUCGACAUGUCUUAUAUCGUCAGAAAGCUUAAAUGUUCGUUAAUCUAACCGCAGUGUCUAAUUUACAGUAGCUAUUACAGCGGGACAAAAUACCAUGCUAUUGUUUGGGGAUAGUGCACAACAACAGAACACUUAUCAAUGCAACUUGAUACAUUCACCUCUGACAUAUUGGCUACACAACACGUCAAUUAGCCUAAUGAAGGUAAGCCAUCGUUAGGCACCAAUGAGACCAGGUGUUCACUUGAUUGACAGAGUCUUGGUCCAAGGACCACCUAUCAUUUUGAAAGUGAUCUAGCUAGAUAGCCAAUGAGCUGGGCUUUCCAGCAGCAUGUGAACGCCUUUUGUACUACAAACAACCAUCAUGCUAGAGCUGUGGGCAACAGUGUUCAUUCUCUGGUGAAAGCAAACAGGACUCACGGUAGUUAAUGAUACUCAGUGGUUCGUUCUCUUCUACAAACUUUUCUCAAAACUAAAAAAAGAAAACAUGGCUACUACUAGUGGAAAAGCUACAUUGAAGUCCAAGUUUACAAAUUUGGAUGAGAACAUUGCAGAAAUGGACUGGGAGAGUGACACAGAACUCAUGGAUGAGGACUCCAUGAGUGAGUACAGUUUUGAUUCCAGUGAGGAAGAAAUGUUUUUGGAAGGAGAAGAUCCACUUUUAGAUCAAGGUAGAGACUCCGAUGACCUCUGGGAGCCAUCUCCAAAGAAACCACAUACAAGUCCAUCCCACACUCAUUCAAACAUAGGAACUGGUUCCUCCAGUCUGACCCCUGCUGCUGUCUCUGGCUCCACAGCCACCCGGCCAUCUAGAGGUGUUAUGAGUCCAGACCAGAAGCGGAGGAGGGCCAGUGUACCAGCGGCAACUACCACCGAGGGAGAGGACCGUUGGCGCACUGUGCUAGAGGAUGAUGUGGAGCCACUUCGACCAACAUUUCGACCUAAAAGGCAGCCAGGACCUCAGCUGGACAUGACUGGAAAGUACAGCCCCCUUAAUCUUUUCCAGAUGUUUUUCUCCUUGUCAGUUCUUGAUUUGCUUGUGUCGAACACCAACAAGUAUGGGGCUAAGAAGCAAGCAGGCAAGAAAGAGGCAUGGAAGCCCAUUUCCAUCCAAGACCUGUACUGUUACAUCUCACUGGUCAUUUAUAUGGGGCUUGUGAAGUUGAAAACCCUGAAGGACUACUGGAGAAGCUCAAGACUCUACCAACUGCCUUUCCCCGCAACUAUCAUGUCUUGUAAGAGGUUUCUGACCGUCUCGCGGGCGCUUCAUAUUAGUGACCCACAAGCUGACGAUAACAAUGACAAGAAGAAGGGCACAGCAGGCUUUGAUAGGCUCUGCAAAAUCAAACCUCUCUACUCCAGCAUUGUUGAGGCCUGCAAGACCCAUUUUCAGCCUUCCCAGAACCUGUCCAUCGAUGAGAGGAUGGUAGCCUCAAAGGCCAGAAUUGGCAUCAAGCAAUAUAUGCCUAACAAGCCAACAAGAUGGGGUUACAAGCUGUUUGUUUUGGCAGAUUCUGCAUGUGCCUACACUUGGAAUUUCUUUGUGUAUGAGGGGAAGUCCAUCUCAGCCACCGGUAUGGGACUUGGUUAUGAUUCCGUAAUGAAAUUAUUGGAUUUUCCACUGCUGGGGACAGGCUACAAAUUGUUUGUGGAUAACUUUUACACAAGCCCUACCCUGUUUAUAGACCUGAGGAAGCUGAAUGUAUGGUCUUGUGGAACCAUUCGUCCCAACGGAGUGGGUUUUCCCAAAACAAAAGUAAACGACAUGCCUAAGAGGGCUGAAAGGGGUGCCAUACGAUGGAUUCGUAAAGAUGACCUGCUCUUUGUAAAGUGGAUGGAUGCCAGAGAGGUGGUCAUGUGCUCCAGUAUCCACAAAUCGUACAGUGGCGAUCACAUCCGCAGGCGUGCUAAGGACGCUAAUGGGACAUGGACCAAGAAAGAUGUCCCCGUUCCAGCUGCUGUGAAGGAUUACAAUAAGAGCAUGGGAGGUGUGGACCUGUCAGACGCGCUGAUAGGCUACUACAAUGUUCUCCACAAGACAAUGAAAUGGUACAAGACAUUCUUCUAUCACUUCAUCGACAUUGCUGUGGUGAAUGCAUUCAUCCUCCAGAAGGAGAAGGCUAAGAUCUGUGGAAAGACCCCCAUGACACAGCUAGCCUUCAGAGAGCUGCUCAUCCAGGAGCUUGCUGACUACGGCACAAAGUCCACUGCAGCACCUUCUGUCCUCUCUACCUCUGUCCCCUCUACCUCUGUCCUCUCUACUCCUGCCUCCAGUGAUGUUCACCUGCCAAAAUACAUCACUGCAGACCUGAAUGUGCCUCGUGGCCAAAAGGGCACAGUAGGGAGGCGUCGUUGUACUCUGUGCCACAAGAAAUCUCCCAUCACCUGCACUACUUGUGCAGUUACCCUCUGCUUUACAACAGAGAGAGACUGCUAUGGGCCUUGGCAUCAGCAACUCAAUCUGGUGUAGAGGUGUUACCCUCUGCUUUACAACAGAGAGAGACUGCUAUGGGCCUUGGCAUCAGCAGUUCAAUCUGAUGUAGAGGUGUUACCCUCUGCUUUACAACAGAGACUGCUAUGGGCCUUGGCAUCAGCAGCUCAAUCUGGUGUAGAGGACUGUGGGUGUUCUGAAUACUCUAAUUGUAAAUAGUUGUUUUUUUUCUCCCUCAGAAGUGUAGACACCACAAACUGACAUUAGAUCAGUGUUGGCUGCUAACUUGGCCGUUUAUCUUUAAUAGUUCACUUCUGUGUUUUGGGAGGCAUUGGUUCAGCGUUCUCGUCGCGUCUCCUGUUAGUAACUUUUGUGUAGGGAUGCUAAUGAUCCAUUACGUAUGACAUUCCUGGGAGUGUGUAAACUUUAUUAUUAAAGCAUUUUAGUAUGUUCUCUAUAGGUAUGUACUUUCAAAUGGACCAAUUUGUCCACUUGGGUACAUUUGGGAAAACUCGUGAGGGACACCUGGGAAACGUCAUACCAAAUAUUAUGUAGCUCUCUCAUUCUUGAGUGUAACUUUGCACACACAUUGUUACCCUGUUGUGGACAACAAAAAAAUAUAGAAAACCAAUGUUUAAUUUUUAUAUCUUUUAUUAUGGGGGUCUAUUGUCCUGCAUUAUUGUGGAGGGGUGAGGGUGGACCCACGACAGGUGGACCCACUGGCAUUGCCAAGGCAACAAGGGGACAGCUCGUUGGGGUUACCAACUGUCUGAUUUGACCAGAGACUCACACAAAAUGGCUGUUUGCUUUGCAUUGUUGACCCAAAAUGGCCUAGAGGUUGGAGCGUUGGACUAGUAACCGAAAGGUUGCAAGUUCAAAUCCCCGAGGUGAAAAGGUACAGAUCUGUCGUUCUGCCCCUGAACAGGCAGUUAACCCACUGU